AUGAAUAAUAUAAAACAUAUUGAGAAACUAAGUCGUGAUGAGCUGAAUGCAGGAGUAUUAAAUUAUCAAGCAUCCUGGCAUUGGGACUAUCAUCAUACUGCUUUUGUGUACUUUGGUGGACUUUCUUUGAGUUUAACAGAGGGUGAUAUAUUGACAAUAUUUUCUCAGUAUGGAAGCCCCGUUUAUGUAAAAUUAGUGCGAGAUAAGGAUACUGGUAAAUCUAAAGGAUUUGGAUUUCUUAAAUAUGCGGAUCAGCGGUCAACGGUUCUAGCUGUGGACAAUCUUAACGGGACAGAGAUCUUGGGUCGUCGUCUUCGCGUUGACCAUUCUGAAUUUGAUUUAAAAAACGAUGAAGAACAAGAAUUUGAUAGUGUGUGUCGGACUGUAUUAGAGGUUACCAAUAGUUACGAUGGUGAAGAAGUGGACAUUAAGGGGGUGCUAGGAGAAGGGAUUAGGAGGUCAGACAAAACCCCCAAGUCUAUUUUAUCAGAUUGCAAACAAGACAAACGUGAAAAAGAAGAGUUGGACCCUAUGGCUUCAUACUUGAGCUCAAAGUCUCGAUAG